CCUCUCCGCCUCCGACACCCUCUCCGCACUCUACCGCAGCCAAAGGCGAGAUGAGCAGCCGCGCCGUGCUUCUGAUGGUGGCCGUGGCACUGGGAGCGUGGCUGAGCGGCGCCGCCCCCUCCGCCUCCGCCGCCGCCGCCUCGGCCGCCGCCCCCGGUGGCGCGCGCCGCCUCGAGGAGCUGCUGCUGUCCGCCCCCUACGACGACCCCGCGCUCGUCGACGACCUGCUGGAGGCGGCCUCCAAGAGGCAGCUCGCCAGCGACGACUACGGCCACAUGCGCUUCGGCAAGCGGCAGCCCGCCGCCGCCCCCGCCGCCGGCGCCGCCCCCGUUCCCGUGGCUCCCCGCUUCGACGACUACGGACACUUCCGCUUCGGCAAGAGGAGGCCGCAGUGACGCGUCUAGCGCCGGCGCGUGGCAGCGGUCGCCAACCCUGCUGCCGCUGUCUGCUGCUCGUCUCUUCGUGGCUCGACUCGUCUAAACAACCCUCCGUUCAACGUUCUUCUCUCUCGACGGCGGAACAUUCAGACCCAAAUUCACAGAAAAGUUCCUCUAAGUUAACUUCGGUACGGUACUGAUGAUUCUUUCGUUGUCUGCCAUCAAAACCUUUGGACUAUGUUACCUAAGUUUGUUGUAAAUAAAUUACGU